CGCCGAGGCUGGGCCUCGAAUCCAACCAGCCAGCCCGCGUCGCUUCCCUCCUCCUCCUCCCGGUUCGGGGGGUCCCCGGGCUCGGCCCCCGAACGCCCCUCUCUUCCGUUCGCCAUGUCAUUUCCUGUGCUAAUAAGAUGGUGGUCACGGCCGGGAGGGAGGGAGCCGCCGCCGCAGCUGCCGCCUCCUUCUCUGCCACCAAGUCCGGCCCGGCCCCGGGACUUAUCCUCGCCUGGGACUAGCGAGCCUGCCUGGGCAGGCCGGGCCGGCGCCGAAGGAGUAGGACGGCGACGAGGAAGGUGAAUCGGGUCGCCGCGGGAAGAGCUGGGUUGCCCCCAGACAAGCCAGGGCCCCGCAGCGCCGAGAACAUGAGUGAAAAACUGAACGAUUGUUUGGGAGAGAUGGUGACUAUCAAGACAGAACCCUGCUCUCCAUGCCAGGAAGACGAAUACGGGCAACUUUGCUCUGGAAAGGCUGACUCCCAGUCUGUGAACGUAGAGCAUAAAAAACUGAAAGGAAAGCAGGAUUUGAUCAUGUCCAAGAGUUUUCAGCAAGUUGAUUUCUGGUUCUGUGAAUCCUGCCAGGAGUAUUUUGUGGAUGAAUGUCCAAAUCACGGCCCACCUGUGUUUGUGUCAGAUGCUCCAGUCCCCAUUGGCAUCCCCGACCGAGCUGCACUGACCGUCCCACCUGGCAUGGAAGUGGUGAAAGAGCCCAGUGGAGAGCGGGAUGUGCGCUGCAUGAAUGAGGUUGUCCCUAAAGGUCGGAUUUUUGGACCAUAUGAAGGGAAGCUCUCCAGUCAGGACAAGUCAGCAGGAUUCUUCUCUUGGCUGAUCGUUGAUAAGAACAACCACUAUAAGUCCAUAGAUGGGACAGAUGAGACUACAUCAAACUGGAUGAGGUACGUGGCCAUAUCCCGAGAGGAGAGAGAACAGAACCUGAUGGCGUUCCAGCACAGCGAGAGGAUUUACUUCCGGACCUGUCGAGACAUCCGGCCAGGGGAGAGGCUGAGGGUCUGGUACAGUGAGGAUUAUAUGAAGCGAUUGCACAGCAUGUCUCAAGAGACCAUCAACAGAAACCUCACAAGAGGAGAUAAAAAAUUACUAAGGGAAAGAUCAGAGAGAAAUCUAGAAAACCAAGAUGAUAUGAACUACCCCCUCGAGCUCACCACAUCAAAGCAAGGGAAGAGCCCCUACAAGCGCAGCUUUGAAGAAGGUGCAUCUCAACCCCAAACAAAGAAAAAGAAAAUAGAUCUCAUCUUCAAAGAUGUCUUGGAGGCUUCUCUAGAGCCAUCAAAGUUGGAAGAGCACAAGAUAACAAAAAAUUAUAUUCCUUCCACUAGAAAGUCCUCCAGAUUUCAGGCUCAAGAUGUCUUGGAAGGUUGUGGACCUGGUAUUCAUCAUAGCACUCCAAAUCACAGUAGAGGCAGGAGUGAGGGUGAGCGGAAGGUCCCUCGUGGCUUAUCUUUCACCAUGUCCAAAGACAUUGGCCUGCUGGAAGACGAAAGUGAAGAAUCCUUGUCAUUUAAAGUGAACAGCCCUGCUGAUCUCUCUCUGGCAUCAAUGCAGGAUGAUGCCCUUGAGAUCCCAACAACUUCAUUGUGUCCUAACUGUAUACGGUUGAAGAAGAAGAUUCGUGAGUUGCAGGCUGAACUAAACAUGCUAAGAUCUGGCAAAUUAGCUGAGCCACCUCUACUACCUCCUCAGGUACCUGAGUACCAAGCAUUUUCAUACCCUACAGCUUCGGAAAGCAUCAUGUCUGUUCCCACCAUCAUGGAGGAUGAUGACCAGGAGGUGGAUUCGGCAGACGAAUCUGUCUCGAAUGACAUGAUAACAGCCACAGAUGAGCCCUCCAAAAUGUCUGCUGUGACCAGGAGGAUUCGGCGCUUCAAGCAAGAGUGGCUAAAGAAGUUUUGGUUUCUGAGGUACUCCCCUACACUAAAUGAAAUGUGGUGCCAUGUCUGCCGGCAGUAUACGGUUCAAUCCUCUCGGACUUCAGCCUUCAUCAUUGGCUCUAAGCAAUUUAAGAUACACACUAUAAAACUUCAUAGCCAGAGCAACCUCCACAAGAAGUGCCUGCAACUUUACAGGCUCAGGAUGCACCCAGAGAAGACAGAAGAGAUGUGCCGAAAUAUGACUUUGCUCUUCAACACAGCCUACCAUUUAGCUAUGGAAGGCCGGCCCUAUUGUGACUUUAGGCCUCUUGCAGAACUACUGAGAAAGUGUGAGCUCAAAGUAGUGGAUCAGUAUAUGAAUGAGGGAGACUGUCAAAUUUUAAUCCAUCAUAUUGCUCGAGCUCUUAGAGAAGAUCUUGUUGAACGGGUCCGGCAAUCCCCCUUUCUCAGCAUCAUUUUGGAUGGGCAGAGCGAUGAUUUGCUUGCUGACACAGUUGCAGUUUAUGUACAGUAUAUCAGCAGUGAUGGGCCUCCAGCCACUGAAUUCCUCUCUCUCCAAGAGCUGGGCUUUUCUACAACUGAUAGUUAUGUCCAGGCAUUAGAUAGGGCUUUUUCUGCCCUGGGAAUAAGGCUUCAGGAUGAAAAGCCAAGUGUUGGUUUAGGAGUAGAUGGUGCUAACAUUACUGCCAGCCUUAGAGCUAACAUGUACAUGACAAUCAGAAAGACUCUACCUUGGCUGCUUUGUUUACCUCUUAUGGUACACAAGCCACACUUGGAAAUAUUGGAUGCAAUUAGUGGGAAAGAGCUUCCUUGCCUAGAGGAGCUAGAGAAUAAUCUGAAGCAGUUACUCAGCUUUUACCGUUACUCUCCUAGGUUGAUGUGUGAGCUGAGGGUCACUGCUGCUACUCUCUGUGAAGAAACUGAGUUCUUGGGGGACAUUAGAGCAGUUAAAUGGAUCAUCGGGGAGCAAAAUGUCCUCAAUGCUUUGAUCAAGGAUUACCUGGAAGUGGUGGCCCAUCUCAAAGAUGUCAGUGGCCAGACACAAAGAGCAGAUGCUUCUGCCAUAGCCUUGGCUCUCCUGCAAUUCCUUAUGGACUACCAGUCGAUUAAGCUGAUAUACUUUUUGCUGGACGUCAUUGCUGUGCUUUCACGCCUUGCCUUUGUCUUCCAAGGUGAAUACCUCCUUGUCUCACAAGUAGAUGACAAAAUUGAGGAGGCCAUCCAAGAGAUCAGCAGGCUCGCAGAUUCUCCUGGUGAAUAUCUACAGGAAUUUGAGGAGAGCUUCCGUGAAAGCUUUAAUGGUGUUGCUGUGAAAAACCUACGGGUGGCUGAAGCCAAAUUCCAGUCAAUUCGAGAAAAGAUAUGCCAGAAAACCCAGGUGAUUCUAGCUCAAAGGUUUGAACCUCGUAGUCGGGCAUUUGUGAAAGCCUGUCAGGUGUUUGACCUUGCAGCUUGGCCAAGAAGUGCAGAGGAGCUUAUGAGCUAUGGCAGGGAAGACAUGGUGCAAAUAUUUGAGCACCUUGAAGCUGUGCCAUCCUUUUCCACUGAUGUCAGCAGAGAGGGCAUGGACACCAGAGGGAGUUUGCUCAUGGAAUGGCGAGAACUCAAAGUGGAUUAUUAUACCAAAAAUGGUUUCAAAGAUUUAAUCGGUCACAUUUGUAAAUACAGGCAGAGAUUUCCUCUUUUAAAUAAAAUAAUCCAGAUCCUCAAAGUCCUUCCCACCUCCACAGCCUGCUGUGAAAAAGGACGCAAUGCCCUUCAGAGGGUGCGCAGAAACAAUCGUUCUCGGCUCACUCUGGAACAGCUCAGUGAUCUUUUGACAAUUGCUGUUAACGGACCACCUAUUGCCAACUUUGAAGCCAAGAGGGCACUAGAUAGUUGGUUUGAGGAGAAAUCAAGCAAUAGUUAUGCACUGUCUGCAGAAAUGCUGAGUAGGAUGUCCUCCCUGGAUCAGAAACCAGUGCUGCAGAGCAUGGACCAUGGGUCAGAAUUUUACCCUGAUAUUUAGCAAGGAAUGCCUCUCAUUUAGAAAGCUGUUGAAUCCUUUUUUUAAAAGUCAGUACUCUAAGUUUAUAUAUAUAUAUAUAUACACACACACACACAUGCACACACACACACCCCACACUGAAAAUUUAAAACUUGUCUGAUGAAGCUAAGACGGAUUUUUAUGAGUGAGACAACACUUAACAUUUACUGACAUCUUCAACCGUGGCAGCUGCAAUGUAGGUGGCAACAUUUCAUUCUUCAGAAACGUGCUGGGGCCAUAGUCUAUAUUUUCAAACUGAACCGAUGUAUAAGCUAGACGUGGCAGGCCAGUGUCAACCUACUUCUCAUUAUGCUUUUAUGUCUAUGUUUCUCUCUCUCUUGCUCUCCCCCUCAUUUCCUUUUUGUUAGUUAGCAAUUGAGCCAUUUCAGCCCUUUACUAAUAAAGAUCACUGGGAUUACUGAGCCCAGUGCAUACUUUUUGGAAUUUCUUUCCAGCUUUCCAAUUUCAUGUGGGUUAAGGGUGGAUUCUUGCAGAUUUUUCUGAUAAUCUGGGGUUUUGUUGUUGUUGUUUCUGUCAAUUAGCCCAGGAUGCCCUUUUUUUGGUCUUACAUACCAGUGGACAUUUUCAGUGUAAGGCAAAUAUUUUCUGCUACUCCUGUGAAAAUUCUACUAACAGUUCAUAUAUCUUACAAUAUUGAUAGCAUGUUCAGAUGAAAAUAGCAUAAUGCGGAAGAUGGGGAAAUUUUUUUGGGGGGAGGGUGGUUUUUGCAUUUAUAUUUUUAUAUAGUAGAUGAUGAGAAAAUUAAAUAAAACUCUUUACUGAAAACCCGGGCUGCUGUGGAAGCUAGAUAGCCAAUGAGUCAAACCCCGUAACAGGGUAGAGACUCCAGGGCUUAAAAUAUAUGUAUGCUAAUUUUAUGUUAUUUAUACUCAGUCUUUAUAAUCAUAAAUGGGUUGUGUUUUGGGGGGAUUAAUAAGUGAAAGAAAUGCCUGCUAUAUUUCUGUGGCAGGGUGAUAUCAAUGCAAAAUCCGCAGUUGGUAGUCAUCACAUGACAAAGGUCCUUUAGAGGUUCACAUAUCCUCCUUUGAGUAAGGUUUGCAGUUCAAUCAUCUGGCAAAAGAAAAAUGGAAUGUUGUGCUUAUUCCUGUAAACUGUUUCUUUCAAAAUGUGUAUGGUAUAAAAACUGAGAUUUGCAAAUGAAAUAAACACAUCUGUGGAGAGAUUUUAAAUAACUCCCCCAGUGCUGCAGGUUAAAUAAGCCAAAAUGAGCACACAAUCUCCACUGCUGUUUGUGUCUUGCCCUGCUAAUAUGGCAGAGGGCAGCACCAUGACAAUACUGGAUGACCAGAGGAAUAAAAGGAAUCUUUUGCCCAGAAGUACUACUAGGGAUGGCAUGUUUCCAGAGGGACUAACCUCAUGCCAGUCUGCAUUGUUUUGAAAAUACAGUGAUUAUGUCAGUUACACUGAACCUUUCUAUGUUCCCUCCUUCCACCACCACCUCCCAUUUUUCUCCCAACCCUUCCCGUUGGUCUUGGUGCUAAAGUAUCUCUGGAACCAUUGCUGCUAGCUUUUCAUUUUUAUAAAUAUAUGAUUUUAUUUUUAAAACAGUGUGUUUUCAGUGGUAAUGUAGCAUGUUGUUUAAAGGAGUCUCUCUUAGGGUAUAUCUGCACCAGAGUCCUUUGCUAUGUCUUCUCCUCCUUUCAUUUAGUCUUUCAUUUGUUUCACUUAGUCCCUCAUUGUCCUGGGGAUCUUAGCGUUGUUCUCAUACAUGUGUUAAUAUAUUCAGGAUUCAAAGCUUAUUUCCCUCCCUCUCACCCACCACCCCUCUCCUCCAAAAACAAGCCCAAUAACUUUGAUGUGGUGUACAGAAGAAGUAGGGACAGAGACGCAGUGCCUUGAUGCAUCUCCAUGGGAUUGUCAAAUAGCUGGAGCUGUUAAGAUAACUCAUCCCGGCCAUCUCCAAAUAAAACAAAGGAGGGGGAAUAGCUGAAGGAGUUGUCUGUGGCAAAUGUACAACAGCAGCAUAACAAUCUCCCCCUACCAAAAAAAAAGGGAAAAAGUAUGAUGGGGUGAAGAAUGAGCCUGAGGAGAAAGCUGUGGGGUAGGACAAGACAAACCUAAUUGUGUGGGAGUUAGUGCUUUUAAAUGUACUGACUUCCACGUGGAGGGAGUGGAGAGGCAGGAAUUCGAACACUAACUGAGGCAAUCAGGGACAGGGAACAGGAUGAGGUGCAAAUGCACCAACCCCUUGUACAAAAAAAACAGCUGGUGCAGAUAUACCUUUAGUCCAGCCUUCACCAACCUGGUGCCCUCCAGAUGUUUUGGAUUGCGACUCCCAUCAACCCCAGGCAGCUGUGGAGGGCACGAGAUUGGUGAAGGCUGCUUUAGUCACUUCCACUGCCAGGGUUCAUGCACUGCCUUUUCACUCCACACGCACAUACGCACAUCCACAUAUAGAAUGAAGCAGCAGCACAGAGAUCUGUGCCUUGUCUGCAUUCCAGUAGUCUCUUUUUCAGCUUCACAAGCAGCAUUUUAUGUUGGGCUUCAGAAAUUCAUUGUCUCCAACAUUAUCCUCUUUGCGGUCAGAGUAGGGAGUGAGACUGAUGAUGGCAGAAGGAAGAUGUGUUAGGAAAUCUUAAUGGCUGCAUAGUUUUGACCAUUUUUAAGAGCAAUUAGAGCCCCACUCGUAUUAACACUGCAGUGGUAACUAAUGUAGAAUAAUUUUUACAAGACUCUACCGUAAUGCCAUUCUAACCAUAGAAACAACUGUUGUGAGUUGGAGAGCCUUGAUACAACCAAAGACCAACUGCAUGCCAUAGGCGGUAAGAGAUUAGCAUUGUCAAUAAUAGUUUGCACAACCAAGAGGCUUCAAUUCACCCUUGUAUUGGUUGAUCAGUGAUAAUAACUCCAAGAUAAAGCAGGGGGGGAUUUAAAUGGUCCACUUUACUGUCAGUGGUUUUGGGUCGUUUUAUAGGCCCUGUAAAUUAUCUAUGGCCCAGCCACCCCAAUAUUCAUACAUUCUGGUUAGAAGAAUUGGUUUAAUUAGUUGAUUUUGAAAGGGUCCAGAUAAACAACAGAGUUCCUGCUUGAAACCAUGAUGUGUGGAUAAGACAAUGUUCAGGAUUUAGACGAUUGCCCCACAUUGCCACGCUCCCCAUGUGCACUAAUGUUAUAACAGAAUGAAUAGGCUAGAUAAUGUCUAGAGUGACUCCAUGAUUUAUAUUAAGAGACUGAAAUUUAUAUAUACAAUUUUUGAAAUAUUGCCCAUAAGAACAAAUGGCCUAGGUAAUCUGUAUUUCCCUUUGCCUGUUGUUCCUCUUCAUUAUUUCUCUAAAGAAAUAUUUUGCUGGGAUACAGGUUGCCCUUAUCCUCUUUCUAAAAGGGGUAAGAUGCUACUUGUUUAAUGUUAAUGAGCCUAUCUGGAUAAUUCUUUUUCUGUAGUUAGUUAUCUUUGGUAGUAGCCAUGACACCCAUUUUUGUGCUCUGAUCUAUGCCUAAGCCUUAAUGGGUUGCAGGAGGCACAAGAUUAAAUCACCAUCAGGGUAUGUCUAGAAUGUUGUGUUUGUACAUAGGCAAUAGAAUGAAAGAUUUGCAAUGCGAAUGGAAAAUGGCAUAGGCUUCUGUGACAGCUUCCUCUUCUCCCAUUUUGGGGCUUUUCAGAGCAGUCCAUGUGUGUAUCUAAACAUUUGGCCACACUGUAAGAAAAGCAGAGUACAAUCCAGCCUAGGUUAAGCAAUUUUAAGUCUUGGUUUCAGUGAAAGAGGCAAUCGGGGAUUAAUUAACUCUCAUUAAAAAGAAGUGUUGGUGCUUAACUGUGACUGGAUCAUAUUUUACAUUUUGUGGCACUGAUUUUUUUCAUAGUGUUACCAGCUCAUGUAUAAAUAGUUAAUGCAGGUUGGUCAAAAUUAGACUGAAGUCCUUCGGGAGUUCGUUUACAUUUAUAGUCUUACCUCUGACGUUACAAAAACUUUCUGUUAAACGUGAUGGGUUUCCACAGUUUGGCUCCAAAAUUGCAAAACUGCUUGUCAUUUUUUUCUCUCAUGUAGCCUACCAUUCAGAGUCCAAGUUAUCUGCAUUUGAUGGAAAUGUUUGCAGUGUUCCAUCUCUGAAAUUAUUUUACUUCCAAAAUAAAUCCAUUAAACAUGCCAGCACCCAUUAAGCUUCUGAAAGCAUAUUAUACCUGGUGAUUGAGUGUUGCUUAUUUUAGUUAAAUUAAAAGAAAUUCCUAAAGUAAAAUCCUGGCUGUGUUGAAAUCAGUUCCACUUCAGUGAAGACAUAAUUUUCAUAUCUAGGAUUUAGUUGCACACUUUUUCAUUUGACCAUUUCCCAAGAAUCCAAACUGUUAACACUAUGCAAAAUGAUAUUAAUUUGUGUCAUGCUAUGACAAAAAAGUAGGGAAAAUCAUUUGCUAAAUAUUCUAAAGUACAGCAACAUAAGAACUUGCUGAGUGUGUGAUCAAACACGUCUUAGUUAGGGGACUGCAUAUCUGCAGGCUGCUAUAAUAAAAUGCUGGAUGAGGAUUGCAUUAAGAAUGUUGUAUUGUUAAGUAAAACAAUGUUUUAAUGCCAUUGUGCAUCACUUCUGGGGUGGUAGGGCCUCCAGCAAUUGUAUUUUGAAUAGAAUAUUGGUCUGUGCUCAGUUGUUGUUACGCUUUAGCUAUCAGUUUGCUCAUGGUCUCAGUCAAACCAAACUAAAAAGAGGCUUAAAAAAAGUGAUGUGGAUGUAAUGAAAAAAGAAGGACGCUAGGGGGUGUAUGCUAUUAAAACAUUUGUGGAUGUGAGCACAGCAGAAUAGCACAAGAGAAGCUAUUGCCUGUAUUGAUGGUACUUCUUCAAAAUGCCUUUUAUAGGUUUCUCUUGCAGUGAGGAGGAGAUAAAAGAGGUCAGGCUCACAAGUAUCCAGUUCUGGGAAAUCAAGUGGGAUCAGGAAUCCUGUUAUGUUCAGGCAAGAGAUUAUUAUUACAAGUUUGUAAUCUCUCAAUUCUAAAUGAUAAAAAAGAUACUGUUUGUAAUCAAUUUUUUAUUUCCUGUUAAGCACCUGACUGUGAUUAAUCUGUGCGUAUCUAUCUUCAUACCUUAUCUUGUAGAGUUCUAACUCUAAUGGGGUCUGAUUUCAGAUUUCCCAGCUCUUCUGCAGGUAUAUGCUUCUGUUUGACAGAAACAUACUAGGCACACACUGAUAUUACCUUGCAUACAGCCUGCUAGUGGUGCACAAAAUCAAAUGCCUGUGACCAUCAAGCUGAAUGAACAGAUUAUGGUAAUGAAACAGAAAACCAAACUUCCUUCCUACAUUAGUAAAAGCACAGUGAGGAUGAGGGCACAUGCAUGGACAAUGCAGGGGAAUGUUUUUGGCAUUCUAUUUGUAUUCAGAUUGAUCUUUGUGUUGCCUGCACAACUGCUAGUCUGGGCUCUCGAAGAUCAUUCAAACAUAAUGAUCCCACAGCCAGUAAGACAGUGCUGAGGAACCUUUGACCCUCCAGAAUUUGCUGUAUUACAACUGGGGCUGAUGAGAGUUGGAGCCCAACAACAUCUGGAGGGCCUCAAGUUAGCCACCUCUGCAGUCAGAGGUCUUUUAGGUUAUGUUUAACUAAAGCUAUGUUUUAACUAUUAAGCUGGCCCUGACAUCUGAAGAGCAAAAUACUGAAAUACCCAUUGGUUUAAUAGCACCCCUCAAUUAUCUCAAACAGCAAAAAAAAUUCCCAAAAACAGUAGAAAUCCAGUACUCUGUUCCUCAGCCCUUUUACUCUCCAUUAAUGCCUAUGCAAUCCCUGCCUCUCUGAAGGUAAGUACAAAGUGUAUGCAUGAAACCUCAUUUAUUUAUACUAUACAUACUCUUAAAAAGUGCAGUCUAAAGAAACCAGUGGGACUUGAGCCUUGAAAGUACUGCUGCUUUCAGUGGGACUUCAGCACACUCAAUCUUCUCUGGAUUGCACUCAUUUAGGCAUUGAUCCAGCUAAAUUCAAGUACUUUUAAAAUCUCACUGAUUUCAGUGGGAAAGAACUGAACACUUGCUCAAUUGUCCCAUUAAAACCAGUGGGACAAAGGAAUUUUGGACUUUGGCUAGACAACCCAUGUACAACUCACCAUGUAAGAAAUGAAUCCACAUGCCUAGAUAUCGCUAUAUAAAUAAAAUACUAUAUAUUUAUAUAUUUAUAUGUUUUCAACAGAUAUAAAUAUGAAAGAGAGAGAAUGGAUUAUCCCACUGGAAAAGGCAGGCACUGUGUUUUUGGGAAAAGCAUACAGUACUGAAGACUAAAUACGUCUAGUGUUUUAGUAAGGCUAAAAGUGUGGGGGCUUUGCCUUACUUUGAAGUCUGUCUAUAGAGAGAGAGAGAGCUAUCUAGUUUUUUUAAAAUGCUCUGCUUAGGAAAGAGAAUUCUUCUAGUGUGGGUAACAGUGUGCUAAAUAAAGCCCUUGUUAGCAGUAUUGGGACCAUUUUGUGACAGGUAAUGGUCAGCAGCGGCUGGUGAUUCCAUGUCAAGUCUGAACUUUCAAGGAGUGGCUCCUUGAAAGUUCAGACGAAAACCCAGAGCAGAUUCCACUGCCCCACUAAUAUGGAGCCACCAGCCGCUACUGGUGAUGGUAAACACUUAACCUGUUGGGGUGUUCUGUAGACAGUAGAUGUCUUGUGUUCUGACUUUGGCAAAUAUGCAUCUGGCCUGGUUGGGCACUUUCCCCCUCUGCUUGUUUUGGCAAUGCGAGUGCAAAGUGAAAUACAACUUGUUCUCUUCCUCACCCUCCUGGUUCAUACUGUUUAGGGGUCAGCAAAGCAAAAUGGUCUGAUAAUUUGGAGCACAAUCCCUGGCAUCAGAUGUAGAAGGCCAAGUCCCAUUGUCCUCAGCGGUACUUAAUGCUCAGUUAGGGUAGGAAUGCCGUAUUUAUUUGUAUGAGGAACAGAGCAUAGUCAAAGAUGAAGAGAGAAUGGUGUAUGGCAGGGUUGAAGAACCAGUGGCCCUCCAGCUAUUGUUGAACUCCAACUCCCAUCAGCCCCAGCCAUCAUAAACAAUGUACAGAGAUUGUGAGAGUUGUCCUGCGAUUGGGGGGGGGACACAAGCAGGGCUGGCGCCAAAGAAUGGUCAGGUUGUGCCCUGGCCAAAGGCCCCUACAGCCCAGAGGGGCCCCUGAAGGGGCCUUUCUUAGGUUGUGGGGGUAGCGCUCCCCUUCUGCAAUCCUCUGCAGGGUUGACUCCAGACCCUGCCGCAGAUUACAGAAACAGAGCUCCCAGCCUCCCCUAAAGACUGUGCAGGCCCGCAACACCUGCCUUCUCCAUCUACCUCUCCUCUCUUUUUGUGAAUGUGCUGCGCACACAGCUGCCAUCAUCCAAGAUGGCAACAGAAGCUUCUCUAAGGGGCUGAUGCCCCUACUGCCAUCUUGAUUGAUGGCAGGCAUGUGUGCACAUGCAGCGUAGCGCAUAUGCAAGCCAUCAAUGAAGAUGGCAGUGACCUGCACACCCAGCACACAGGGCAUUCACAGAAAGAGAAAAGAGGUAAGUGGAGUGGUCCUGCAUGGUCUGUGGGGGGGGACUGGCAGUGGGGAGCCUGGGGCAGGCUGGUGCCCAAGGGCCCAGUCACGCCUGGUGCCAGCCCUGGGCACAGGUACACAGCCACAGUAUAUGCAGAGGAGAUUUAGCAUAAGAAGAAAGCUCAGAGUUCAGUGAUAAAAUAGGUGAAUGUAUUUAGCUGGGGAGUCGAUGUAGUUUCAGUGUUGUUCCUUAACUAUUACCAUUUGUUUGGUUACAUUUCAAAGAGCAGCUACUUUUUCAUUGUUAAAUGAGCAAGAUGGUUGUCUAGGUGGCUUUCAGGAUGGGCAGUAGAGUGGUGUCCUUGGAGAAUACUGAAGCCUGAAUGCUGAUUUCAGUAGUGUUGACUUGAGGCACUAUGACUGGACCACUCCAGCAAAAUAAUGUUAAUAUGAUUAUAUCCUUUUAAAUAUGAAUGGCAGUUCCAUGCGUUAAUUGCAGAUCCAAACCACAGUUUUCACUGAUUGUCCUUUUGUGAAAUAUGUGUUGAGAGGUCUUCUAGCUGGAUGACCCCUUUCUUUGCUCUGGUUUGGACAAAGCCAUUUGGAUUCUGCAGUUGAAAAUUCUUUUCCAUUGUAAGGCAGGUAUCCUAAACAUUAGCAGAACAAAACUGUUUUAAUUCAUUGCUAGUGAUAUUCACAGACACAGUUAAUUCAUCCCAGGAAGGUUGAGGGGGGGAAUAAAAGAUUUUGGACUCCCAGUCAUCCAGGCACUGUGUAAUAACUUAUGCAAGCUUUUUUUAAAAAAAAGAUUAUUAUUGGGGGCUGGGGAGGAGAAUGUGGGAAUAGUUUUUCCUCAACUUAAACUACUUGCACUGGUGUUGCACAGCUUUCUGUUGAGCGAGCGUGUGCCACACACACCUCUGACGAUGUAGUUAAUGUUGUCCUCUGUGAUAUGUCAGGGCUUUGUCACCACCACACAACUCUGGAAACUCACCUCAGUUACAAACCUGGUCUACCAAGCUUCAGGACUGUAAAGUAUAAUCCCAUACAAGAACAGCUACCUAGAAAACAUAUUCCUCAGGACUGAACCUCAUGAAUAACUUACCUUCUCGUGUCUGCUGGACUCCUCUCUGGCCCACAUGCUGCCAGCAAGGCACCCUCACUCUGUAAAGAAAUUUGUCAAGCACUGCACCUCAUGUAUAGAAAGAUCUUCCCAGCCAAUGCAGGGGAGACACGUCACACAAACUGUAAUUUUAGAAAUGCAACAGGAGGGCUGUCAGAUCUCUCCUAUUCAGGCAUCCCCACCAACUCACUUUACAAGAAUCAAGGGGGCAAAAUACCUCCUCAUGUUUGCCUUUUUUCCAUUCCUCCUCACAGCCCUAAACUGUUAAUUUGCCCAUGCACACAUGUAAAGGAGGGGAGGGGAGAUACAAUCUAGAAAUCUAUUAUUACAUAUGUAUUAAAAUGUUAAUAUCACACUUUUUCUGACAAUGUUUUAAAAAUGUUAUCUGCGGACUAUGCUUUAUAGUACCUGUGUGAAAGGGGCUAGGACACUGGAUACGAAUAGAGCUAUGUUGAUAUAUCAUAGUAUGUACACGAGAACUUUCCUUUUGUCAUACAUUAUACUUGUAAGAUGAUUAUUAAUAAAAAAACCCUUCAGUUUA